CGGAGUCGACUGUGCACCGUUCGGCUACAGAGGCUGACGUCACGACGCAAGAUGGCUGCCGGUAUUGGAAAUGGAGAGUAGCGUAGAGGCUGGGCGGUAGGAACGAACUGUAGGUGUGUCAGUGCUCGGCUUCACUGCGAUAAUGCCAUCGAAAUGCCGAUCGUUGAAGGCUGACCCGCGGCUCGCGCAGUGUUCGUACGCACGAUCGGGAUCGUUCCGUCGGCCGAGUCUCGGAUGGUGAGAUAUGAUAAAUCGCGGAUAUCCCGGAGGAGGGCGAAAUUGAGCGGAGUGUGUGGUGACUGAAAACCCGACUGUAUAUUCCGAGGUGCUAACAAGAGGGAGAAAGAGGUUUUCGGCAGUGUACGUCGCGGGUUCUUUCUUUGGCAAAUAGAGAGGCGGCGCGUUUUGAUGAGUACGGUGAAAUUGCGUCUGAAUGAGAUCGAAGUGGAAAGUAAACGGUGGCCUGUCGCGCGAUCGCCCGGUGCUCCACGAUUCACGACGAUUGUCAGACUCGCUCGCCCGGCUCCGUGAAGAGAACCUUGCCUGAUCCGCAUUGACCCGUUGCGAUCGAAAGUAACCCGCCGCCUUGCCAGCUCGGAAAACAGACGAAAUGGAAAGGGAAGGACUCGCGUGUCGACCGCUCGCGUAAAUUCGAAGCGUGUUCGGCGGGUGUGCGCGUCCGGCGAGGCUCCUGUUUUAUCGCGAUCUGUCAAAAAGCCACCUCGGACGGCGGUCCCUCUUGCACGUCUAUCGAUCUAUCGGAUCGCGUGUGGUGUCCAGGCCCUGAGUUUUCGAGCCCUGCAUACACACCGACGAAUCGAUCCGCUCCGAAAGGACUCUACUCUCUUGUUACAAUACACAACCACCGCCGGGAGAGAGUCGACACAUCGAUUAUCCCUGGCCGUAAACAACGGGUGCACAGCCUCGCGGCGAGAAACAGAGAGAAAUGCUUGGCACUGUGCUGAAAAUGAGACAUGAUUUUCGAUCACGGUGAGUCGGCCGGCAGCCGACGAACACGAGACACGGAACACAAGAUUCAAGCGAUGAUACCGGCCGCAUGUACUAGUUAACAGAGGGAACGGAACGAUCGUCGCGAAUAGUUCGCCGUUUAGAGGUUAGGAUACCCCCGCCCUCCCCCCUGUCCGGUGAACACAGAUCGAAUCGGUUCCCGAUAGAAAACGAAGCAGCUGAACUAGGAAGAGACUGACAGGAAAGUGCAAUAGAAAAGGAAUAGAAAAAUAUAGAGGAAAGAUGACUGAUUGCUAAGGAGACCGAGGAAAACUGAUUCAAAAAAAAAGAUAGGAAGUCUAUAAGGCUAGAAAAGGUUCGUGGUCGGUGCCGUUUCUGGUUCACGCAUCCUUUUGUUUUGUUCGUUGAUUUGUCGUUCUUUGUUGCGUGUGUCGUUCUACUUCAAGUGGAGUUUUCAGUGUGGUCCGGAAGGGUGAGAAGCACGGAAGUCGGAUUUAUAAUCACGCAAAAUGUGGAAUAUGAUGUGCGACGUGAUGCCGACGAUCGCGGAGGACAGUAUCAGCCAGAGAAACUCGCAGUUCUCUGGCGAGGAUGUCAACUUCGAGCAGCUGAUGGUCUCCAUGCUCGACGAGAGGGACAAGUUGAUGGAGACCCUCAGGGAGACCCAGGAACGCCUACAGGAGACCGAGGCCCGACGUCAGGAGACCGAGAAGGAACGGGACUCGUUGAACCGUCAGCUCAACGCAAACAUCCCUCAGGAGUUCUCUCAGCUAACAAAGGAGCUCGCAGCGGCCCGUGAGGGCAUCCUCGCGAGGGACGAGGAGAUAUCGGAGCUGAAAGCGGAGCGGAAUAAUACUCGUCUUCUGCUGGAACAUCUGGAAUGCCUGGUCUCGCGGCACGAACGAUCCCUCAGGAUGACUGUGGUGAAGAGGCAGGCGGCCGCUCAAUCUGGAGUAUCGUCCGAAGCCGAGGUGCUUAAGGCACUGAAAAGUCUGUUCGAGCACCACAAGGCUCUGGACGAGAAAGUGCGGGACCGUCUGCGGGUGGCACAGGAGAGGAACAAGAGCCUGGAGGAGGAACUAGCCAUUACCAAAGAGGAGCUCCAGCAAUACAUAAUGAGUGGACACGCGCCUAAGGCCAUCGAGGACAGGCCGAAGGAAAACGGGCAGACGGAAGACAGCCAGCAACAGAACAAGAAUGAGACUGAGCAGGCGGCAGGCCAGCAAGAACACCAACAACAACAACAGCAGCCGCAACAACAGCAACAGCAACCACAGCCGCAGUCGAUACAAAAGCUAGGUAGCGAGAGGUCGGCUGAAAUCGGCAGUAGACUGAGCAAUGGCAGUCUGGACCCGGCGGACCAGGACUCUACGGCGAGAGUAAUUGAUUUGCAAGCUACCGUUGACAAGCAGAGCUCAGAGUUGAGCACGUGGCAACGACGGGUGGCUGAAUUAAUUGGACGCGUGGCUGAGUUGGAGGAAACCUUAUCGAAAGCACAGAAAGAUUUGCUGAAGACCCAAGAGACGAAUGUGAAAUUGCAGAGAGAUUUGCAUGAGAAUGUCGCACAGAAAGUGGAUCAGGAGGAAAGGAUAGCGACCCUUGAAAAACGGUAUCUCCAGUCUCAACGAGAGUCCUCCAGUAGCCACGAUCUUAACGAGAAAUUGGAACAGGAGCUGCAGCACAAGAAGGCCCAAUUAAAGCUCCAAGAAGAAAAGAUAGCAGCUAUACAGGAAAAACUGGAACUGGCAGAACAGAAAUUGGCCCAGUAUUCCAAGCUCCCCGAAAUGGAAGAGCAAUUAAAGCAGAGGAUGGAGGCUCUGACGCAGGUGAGGAGGCCCAACCAGGCUCAAGAAAGGCACGGCAGUGCGGAGGACAGAAUUCAGAGAUUAGAAACACAAUUGGAGGAAAAGAACGCAGAAGUGAUGCGUGUCAAUCAACGACUUAAAAUGAACGAGGAGCAUAACACGCGGCUUAGUACAACCGUUGAUAAACUUUUAUCCGAGUCGAACGAAAGACUGCAGGCUCAUCUGGAGGAAAGAAUGCAGGCGUUGAAAGAGAAGAAUGCACUGACGCAGGAACUGGAGCAGACAAGGAAGAUCGCUGAAGAUCUACAAAACGAGAAGACAGAAAUCGUCAAGGAGCUGGGAAAAGCUCGGCUGGAGAUUGACAAUGUGAAGAGGCAGAUGCUCCAACAGGAAAUAGCGUUCAACAUCCAACAAACAGAUGCAUUGACCAGAAGUUUGUCACCCAAUGCAGUGGAUCCUGGAUCUUUCUCCAGGAGUGCGAGCCACAGUAGCUUCGAUACACACUCUUUGCCAAGGAGAACGCCCAAACGGCCUACCAUCGACGAGGACACGACGAAAAAUUAUGUAGCUCGUACGCUCGCAGAACAAGAAUGGGAGAAACUGCAGCAGGCGCACGUCCUUGCCAACGUGCAGCAGGCAUUUGAUGUCUCCAGCGAUGCAGAAGGCGACGGGGACAAUGAAAGUCUCUUCAGCUGUGCGGCCGAUGUAAUUAGUCCGACAGGACAUGCAGAUGCUCAAACAUUAGCGCUAAUGUUACAGGAACAAUUAGAUGCAAUUAAUAAUGAAAUUAGGUUGAUUCAGAAAGAGAAACAAAGUACUGAAGCACGCGCAGAAGAGUUAGAGUCUCGUGUCGGUAGUCUUGAACAUAUGAACCUCUUAGCGAGAGGGCGAAGUCUUGAGCGAGCAUCACCGCCACUGAGUGGGCGAUCUACACCAAAAUCGCAUCAUAGUCCUAAUAGGGAUUACUUGCAUAAAUAUCAUACUGCACCAGCGUCAAUGUCUCCGGCGCAUCUCCACCAGUAUGCCGCCUCUCUAGCUAGUCCAGGACAACUGUCGGAAUCUCUUCCUGCAAGCCAGUUACAGUUAUCAGGCGAAGAAUUGCAUUCGGUGAGCGAAAGAGACAGCAUCGGUGGUGCAGGAAGCGGUGGCAGCGAUGCAGCAUCGCCAUUAACAGCUCGAUCAAUCAGGCUGGAACGUGUAGUACAAGCACUUGCUCAUAGUCAAGAGGAACUCAGAAGGCGCACUGGACAAACUGGAUUUCCCAGCAGUGGUUUCCCUGUUCACAGCAGGCAUGGGCAACAUAACAACGGCGCACUCAAUUCUGGGACUCCCCCUUCCCCAUUGUCCUCACGCCACAGUAGCCAGGACAGUUUGCACAAAAACAACUUGUCCGGCGUUGGAUUGCCAAUUGGACAGCUGUCUAGCUCCCACUUGCACAUGCAAGCCACCAUGAGUCCGGCUACGGCGGCUGCAGUGGCUGCGGCUCAGAAGAAGAAGGGCAUUAAAAGCAGCCUUGGUAGAUUCUUCAGUAAGAAAGAGAAGAUCAAGGGGAAAGACACGCCAAUGCCAGGAGACGUACCAGGAAUGGGAGGAGCGAGUACGCCUGCUGAUCCUGACUAUGGUGAUAGUGUAACUGUAGCUGGAACUAUGGGCAGCAAGAGUGAUUUCGACUGUAGAAAAAAGAAAAGUCCUAGUAUGUUUGGUAGCAUGUUAGAUUCGUCGCGUCAUGAACUCCUGGCUGAGGCGAUGAAGGCUGGGACACCAUUCGCUUUGUGGAACGGGCCAACCGUGGUGGCGUGGCUGGAACUCUGGGUGGGCAUGCCAACUUGGUACGUCGCAGCUUGUCGAGCCAACGUGAAAAGUGGUGCCAUAAUGAGUGCCCUUAGUGAUACCGAGAUACAACGUGAAAUUGGUAUAAGUUGUCAUCUCCACCGGCUGAAGCUCAGAUUAGCUAUUCAAGAAAUGGUGUCGCUCACAAGUCCAUCAGCACCGAAAACCUCUCGCACAACCUUAGCAUUCGGUGAUAUGAACCACGAAUGGAUUGGUAACGUUUGGCUGCCAAGCCUUGGUUUGCCUCAAUAUCGAUCCACUUUCAUGGAGUGCCUUGUUGAUGCUAGAAUGUUGGAUCACCUCACUAAAAAAGAGCUCCGUAGUCAACUUAAAAUGGUUGAUAGUUUUCACAGAACAAGUCUGCAGUACGGUAUUUCCUGUUUGAAGCGACUAAAUUACGAUAGGCAGCAAUUAGAAGAAAGGAGACAAAUGGCGGAGGAUGCCAACGUCGACGUUCUUGUGUGGAGUAACGAUCGCGUUAUAAGAUGGGUUCAAUCUAUCGGCCUGAAAGAAUAUGGGAACAACCUUUUGGAAUCAGGGGUGCACGGAGCACUUAUAGCUCUUGAUGAAAGUUUCGACGCGAAUAGUUUUGCCCUAGCAUUACAGAUUCCAACACAGAAUACACAAGCUCGACAACUAUUAGAAAGGGAAUUCGCAAAUUUAUUAGCUGUAGGAACAGAGAGGCGACUCGAUGAAGCGAAUAGUAUGAAAUCCUGAUCCAACUUAUCCAGCAGGCUGCCUCAUCUUCAACCACAUCAUGUCUAGUCCAAACCCCAGCUAUUACUACUCUCUGUGCGCAAGUGUGUUGUAAAAGUUGUAAGAGCUUUAAGUAUCACUCUAAGGGUAUCUUCAUACUGUUCGGUAUGUGACAUGCGGUGUUAUGGAGUAUUUGUUUCGGGCAUGAACUGUUAAAAAAUACCGGGGGGGGGGGGGUCUGAUCGCAAGCGUUUCGAAAGCGUUUUAUCGAUUUUUAUGUCGCGCGCGUUUCAUAGGCCGCAUGUUACGCGUUUCGAUAAAGGAUAACGAUGAUUCUGAAUCAAUUGCUCUCGUAUAGAUACCGAAAUGUAGUGAGCGGUCGAGAUGACGUCGUGUGCGAUCCGUAUACUUUUUUCCUCGAAAGCCAUAAGAUCAGUUGAUAGGUAAUUACGACAAUAAUUCUAAUUUAUUCUGAUUUGUUAAGAAACAGUGAUUUGUAGAUUGAAAAACGUGACCGAUAGUUUGUAAAACAUUUCCACGACGCGAUUACAUAUUUCUUGUACUAUAUUUGUCUACUUAUACUGUAUAACGAAUAGUCGAGACGAUAUCUAUUUUCAUACCAUUUACCGCACAAAGUGAAAGAAAUCCUGAAAUUAUAAUAUUAGUGCCAUCGCUCUCGAGGAAACUAUUUAUGUACAAGGGAAAAGACUGCGUUCUAUAUUUCUGCAUCUAUAAGACAGUGACCUAAUACGCCAUAUAUAUGUGUACAUAUACAUAUAUGUAUUUAUAUACAUAUAUAUUACUUUGCACAGAAGGAGCGUGAGAACUACUUGUUCUCCUCUGUUAUUUCGAUGAAUUUUAAAUGUUUGUAGAUCACAUAUAAACACGUAAUAUAUUUAAAACAAAUACACCGAAGCAACUAUCAUAAUUAGAUUAUCAUGAGAAAAAGUAAACAAGGGAAACCAGUUGCAUGGACGUGUUUGAAAGGCUCGCUUUUUAUUUACCAUGGACUAGGGACAGACAUUUUAUACCAAAAUAUUCGCGCAAUAUAUAAGUACAUGUACGAAGCGUUAGUAGAUGUUAUAACGUUAAGGGACUUUGUAAUUUUAAUUGGUAAAUGGAACUAUCGAUCGGUCAAGCAUAAACUAAUAUCGUUUCAUCAUUUCUCAUUAUUCGCGGUCAGUAACGGAAGUAAAUAGUUUCUCAUUCCGCUCUCUAGCAUUUCUAGCAGCUUUUUGAUUUUCUCGUUGAAUAGACCCGCUAUCGAUAGAUCAUCCGUGUGUAUUUGUAAUUCUGUUAACAAAAGUUCCAGAGUGAUUGACUGCACUACUAGAUUCGAUCGGUAGUCAGUGAGAAUUCGCGUGAACGUUAUUGUAAAUGCGAAGAGAAGCUGCGAGAGGAAAAGAGAGACGGUGUUUGGCCAUAGAAGGAAGCGUCGAUGCGCUCACAAUGGCCAUAAAUAAUUAACUAUAAACGGUAGUGACGAUGUUGCUGAAGACAAUGAUUGCUAUGAUAAUUAGAAUUACCCAUUACAAAUGUUAUCGAGCUGAAAGGAGUGGGCGUAAGACUGAGACAUAACGACAGCGACUGUAAUCGACAUAACAAAAAAAGAGAGAAAAACUGAUCACGAUAGAGACGAUCACAAUAAUGAUGAUAAGUUAUAAUGGGAUGUUGUUAAUGUUGUUGAUACUUGAGGAAUCAUUGUUGUUGAUGUUUGUUUCCCUGUGAACUACCUAAACCCCCUGCAAGCUGUUCAUUCGUUGUAACUUUCAUGGCUCUGCAAAGACCUUCCGAAUGGGCGCAAACGUACCAAAUAGUUUCUACCAAAGACAUCGCAAUACAGUACGAUGAUUGUACAAUCAUACACACGUUGUAUGGUAACUCGAACGUCGGCACUCGAAAUAUUCGCGCGGUAGAGAAAUAGAGAGAAUGAGAGAUUGAGAGAAAGAGAGAGAGCGAGAGAUGAAAGAUGAGAAUAUCUACGUGUAAAGAUCAUUACUGUACAGUUUCAUCAUCCUUCGGCGUGUAAUACUUUUCUCUCGAGUACCACCGAUCAGUGGAAAUAUUUCUAGAUAAUCAGAAAGACUCGCUAAGCCAAAGCAACGUUACGCUACCUCAAUACUGAAACAUGGUGGUACCCCUUUUUUUCUCUGUAUAAAUCUUUAUGGUAUGAUUAAUUCUUGGGCACCGACCUUUGCGUUCAUCAUUGCAAAGAUGUUGCUUUCGACUUUCGACUUUGUUGGGAAGCCGGUUACGAAACAAGAUAGAACAAAGAAAAACAAAUUCACGAAUUCGAGAAAAAGGUACAGAAACGUUUUUUAGUUAUUUAGCAAUACCGAAUUUUCUAAAUACGCAUAGAAUUAUAGAGGAACUACAAUCGAAGUAGAGCAUGCGUUUCUACAAUGUGUAGUACUACAUGCUCUUCUCACUAAUAUACAUGCUAGACGAUUGUACAGAACUAAUUUGUACAAAAUGAAUAGAUUAUACAAUGCUGAGGCACUUUGUGAAACAGAAUGGCCGUCUCUCCCUUUCGGAAGUGUCCGCAGUGUGUGUAAAUGACUGAACUUAUUUUUAAUGUACGCUAGUUAAUAGUGUCUAUGGACAUUCCAAGGAAAGCAAAUGAAAGGAAACCUUCCAAAAGAUGCAGCCACGUUUAUAAUCACUCGUAUAUGUAAAUCAUGACUCGGUAUGUAGCAGCUUCGCCGCUUUCUAUGUAUUUAAGUAUAAAUAAUAUACAUAGAUACAGAGAAUUUUUGCCUGAGUCCAGCCUCCGACUGCUCGGUAUCGAAUAGAGCUUGAGUAAGCAGAACUAAUCAUAUUUAACAGACAAUUUACUAUUCCACACGUAAUGUUUUUACCAAGAACAUGAAUAAUUGUUGUAUAAACUUGGUCUUGCCUUCGGUUUACUUUCAUUUCAAUCGUGUCUUCAUAGAGAAACCACUGUUUUUAUUCGAAUCGACGUUGAUGUAUUAAAUAUUGUCUUCAGCAAUGCUGGAAGAGUUUUCCUUCGUUGAAUGCUUCUUAUUGUUAAGCGCAAUAGUGCUUAAAGAAAGACAUGUAACAUCUAAGUUCGCCUAUCAUCAGUUGACACAUAUCAUAAGAUUGUAAAAAGUAUUCCUAGGAGAAUUUCUAUUCAAGACAAGUCUUUCUUUUCGCUGUUUGCAAUCUUUUUUUGUCCAUAAAGAACGUGCUAGUAUAUGGUAAAAACAUACACGUAAUAUUGUAUAAUAUUGUGAUGUAACAAUCCGUAGCAUGUGUUUACUUGAUAGCGUAUUCGUUUCUUCAGAUACACACACUUUCUUACGCUCAAUUCGACCGAACUGGACGGAAGAACAAUUUCAACAUUAUUAUGAAUUUUUCGGUACGAUAUACGUUUGUGAGUGUUACUGCUAAUUAUAUUGUAAAUAAGUAUGCGCGCGCUCACGCGCGCACACGUGUGAGUGUGUGUGUGUGUAUAUAUAUCUUUCUCUGUGUAUAUAUGAAUUAUUUAUUAACAAUCUUAUAAUUUUCGAAGGUUUCAUUACAAGCCCAAUGCAGUUAAAUAUACUUUGGUCUUAAUAUAGUUUUGAGAAAAAUGAAAUGGCUGUAGAAUGUCAAUCAAUUCAAGCGUUCGGUGAAUAGUAAAAGGGCACAAUCUUGAUGCAAAAAAAAACAGCCGCCUCACAAGCAAAAAGCAGCUUUAAAUUAAGAUGGUUUUAAAGCUAAAAAGAAAAAUACGUCAAUAAUUUUGUUGCCGAAUUUAUUAGCUGCAGAAUAAAGCAUAAUAUUUAAUUAAUUAUAUGCAAUGAUUCCAUGUAACAAACUUCAAAAUUAACUAAGUCUAAUUUUAUUUGUAAUCUACUAUCUUACCUGGAGUGUCAGGUAAUUGUGCCAGCAUAUAAAACUGCAAUUGUGCUAGUAAGCGGGUAAUUGUCAAAUGUAAUUCUCUGAAUGUGAAGUAGUAUCAAGCUAUAUAAAUAUAAAUAUAUUUGUAACAUACAUAGUACAAUACACAGUGCACCAAAACUUUUCAAAGUGGUAGCUAAUAGUUCAAUUGAUUACUUUAGUACGGACAAUAGAGGAGAUAUUAAAAAUACGUUGAGUUGAAUUUAUAUUAAUUAUACGAAUUAAUGUAUGAUGCAAUCUGUAUUUAUCUGUUUGCUCUGAGAUUUUAAUAAUUAUUUUAACGCGUCUGCUACGAUCAGGUAGUUUUAUAGCGUAAAAUUUUAUUAUCUACGACAAUUACAAUUUUUUGUUCUAUUUAUUAACAUAAACGAUGAGCCAAAGAAGGCAGUUCGAUGUACGAGGAUGUAUGUAAGAGAAAAGAAGGGAAACGUAUACAAGGAGCAACUGUACGAUGUAGUAUAAUUGAAUAAGUGCACUGUGCAAUUUGUGCAGAAUAUUAUUUUGUUUGAAAGUUAUAAUAUCGUGUACUACUUCACGUUUUUGUAAUGAAUGUAAGAUAGUGUGUUUCAUGUUGAAAUAAGGCACCAUUUUAGCUGUGAUGUUAACAAUAGAGAAUUCAUAUAUACGAUGCAAAACAAGAAAGAGAAUUAGUCUAAUAUAGAAAUGAAUUUCAUGUUAUAUUUAUUAUAACAACAAUUCAGUAUUACAGUAUAUACCAAUGUUUGCUGACUACGAAUUCUACUACCAGUUAACGUCAUUGCUAAUGAAAUGUGAAAAAGAAGUAUAACAAACGGCACACAUUUGAAGAAUCACAACGAGGCACAAAUUUUUAAGGGGACAGUACACUAACUUCUGCUACCCCUUUAAAAAGAAGAGAAAACACACUGGAGUCUUGAGCAACCAAGAAUUGGAUCUGAGAUUUCCAUGCAAGUAUACGUAUAGACAAAGUAAAAUCAUGAAAGACAAGAAUGGUAACAGGACAUAGUUAUUGGAUAAAUAAUUGUAACGAUAAUAUUAUUAUCGCUAUCACUACCGCUGCUAAUACUACUACUAUGACUAUUACUAUAACUACAAAUACCAUUAGUGCUACCACUAUCAUUACUAUAACUACAACUACCGCUACUACCAUUACCAUUAUAAAUUGUCCUUGUAAUUUUUAUAUGCCAAGUGUAUACUUUAAUAGGAUAAAUGGAAGAAUAUGGGAAGCGAGUCGCAGUAAAUGUAACAUAUAACGGCCCUGCUUGGUAUAAGCAGGACACAAACUAUGUUAACUGAACUAUGAAUUAUAAAUAUUGUAUAAGACGAUAAAUAAUAAUUAUUAUUACCAUUAUUAUAACUAU